AUAAAUUUAUAGUACUGCGUUUAUAUUUAAUGUGCAUCAAAAUAUCAUUUAACUAAAAUUCUGGAAUAUUUCCGUUGUGUGAACUAUGGAAGUACCAGGAUUUGGGAUCGGAUACAGACAUUUAAUAUCAAUGUUAAUGUUUCUGGGUGUAUUAAUCAGCUAUGCACUUCGUAUAAAUAUCUCCGUGGCUAUUGUGGCAAUGAUCGACAACAGCACUGACACACAAAUUAAGACAUAUCCAGAAUAUUCACCUCAAAAAGACGUCGUGUUAAGUUCAUUCUUUUGGGGUUAUGUAGUUUUACAAAUUCCAGCCGCCGAAAUUGGACGUCGUUUUGGUCCACAUUAUCCAUUGGGUAUAGCAAUAUUAUUGUGCUCUAUAACAGCAUUAUUAACACCAUUCAUAGCAGAAUUCGGUGUAACGGCUCUGAUAGCAACGAGAGUUAUACACGGAUUAACUCAAGGAUUUUUAUAUCCAUCAAUACAUAAUUUAUGCUCGAAAUGGAUUCCAAAAUUGGAACAAGCUCGAUUAGUGACAUUUAUUUAUGCUGGUUGCUUGCUUGGUACGGUAAUUUCAUUGCAAGUUUCUGGUCUUUUAAGUGGAACGCCGUCUUUAGGAUGGCCAUCAAUUUUUUAUACGCAUGGCGCUGUUGGAAUACUAUGGUCAGUUCUAUGGUUAAUGUUUGGAAGUAAUACUCCAGCUGAACAUCCAAGAAUAUCAAGUGAAGAGCAAAAAUAUAUCGAGGCUUCAUUUAGCGAUGAUUUGGCUUCACCUUCUAGGAAAAUUCCUACUCCUUGGGGGCCAAUAUUUAAAUCAUUGCCAAUGUGGGCGCUAACAAUAGUAAACUGUGGUCAUAAUUGGGGAUUUUGGACACUUUUAACAGAAAUGCCAUCAUUUAUGAAACAAGUACUCGAUUUUGAUUUCACUAAGAUGGGAUUUUUAUCUUCACUACCAUUUUUAAUGAUGUGGUUAUUGAGUUUUGUAUUCAGUUUCAUAUCAGAUUACAUAACGAAUCGUAAUCUAUUACCAAUAUCAACUUGCAGGAAACUAGCCAACACGAUAGGUCUUUGGACUCCUGCUGCAGCGUUGUUAGCGUUAACAAUAUUUAUAACGCCAGAUCGUCCAUAUUUAGCAAUAACAUUCUUUACAAUUGCUGUUGGUUCAAAUGCCGCUGUGUUUGUUGGGUUACAAUUAAAUCAUAUUGAUUUAGCACCAAAUCAUGCGGGUGUGACUAUGGGUAUUACAAAUUGUUUAUCAAAUUUUGUAUCAAUUAUUGCACCGUUAACUGUUGGCAUUAUUGUGGAUGAAAAUUCAACUGAAAAAGAAUGGAACAUUGUAUUUUAUAUUGCAAUUGGUGUAUAUUUCUUCGGUAAUUUAUUUUUCUUAUUAUUUGCAUCAGCUGAUAUACAACCAUGGAAUGAUUUAAGUAAAAACAGUGAUUUAGAAUUAAACGUCGAUACCAAGCCUGAUGUACAUCCCAUUGAUAAUAAGUGUAAAGAAAAUCCUGCAUAUGAUCAUGACAAUAAUGUAAAAUAUUAAAUAAAAAUUGAACAAAAAAAAAAGGGAGUAAAAUCAAUAUUGAUGCCUCUAGUCAAGCGUGAAGUACAAUAAAAUAAUUGAUUUGAACAUUUUAAUUUAAAAUACAUAUACAUACUCAUUUCAAAUACUUUUUAAAUAAAAGGUGAUUCAAUAGGGAAUCGGACUAAAUUUUUUUUAUCACGUCUAAUGAAGAAUACUCACU